ACUCGGGUUAGAUGAACAACUGAAGGAGCGGGCGGAAGUACGCGCCGCGCGGGGAGAGACGCCCCCUCCCAGAAGUGACGCGAGCCGUGUGGGGCGACUAUGGUGAGAAGAGGGGACAUUUGAACGCCUAGACCCUGAUCGGACGAGGAUGGCCGGAAGUGGCCUCGGUUUCCUCCUACAACACUAGAGGCUCUGAGGAGAAAGGGGCGCCCAGGUUCACGAUGGAGGAACAAAGUCCCAGCAGGGCCGGGUUUCUUCCCACAGUGGGCUACCAUGAAACUGCACCGAAAGUCCGUGCUCCGUUUCUUCCGUGGGUAUAGAACACAGGCUCCAGACCGGGAGGGCAUCCUGCUAAAGAAGGGGGCCCGAAAUACCAGUUAUCAGCGCCGCUGGUUCAUCCUGCGAGGAAACCUCCUCUUCUACCUGGAACACCAGGCUGACCACACACCCCUGGGUCUCAUCCUAUUAGAGAACUGCCAGGUGGAGCCACGCCUUGGAGCCACAGAACCUUAUGCCUUUACCAUUCGGACUCCAGGGGGAGAUGGUGGGCGGGCCUACAGGCUGGCAGCAGAAAACCGGGAGGAGCUGAGAGCCUGGCUGUGGGCGUUGGCCGGAGCCACCUGGACGCGGCUGGCUGAGCUGCUACGCCCCCUGGAGGCCCAGUACCGGGAGCUGUGCCAGGCAGCUGGCCAAGAGCCCGGCUCACCCCCAGAAGACUGUGGCUCCCCAGCCACCCCCAGGACCCUCUUCAGCUUCCAGGAGUUGCACGAGCACUUUGGAAAGGAGAUCCGGAUGCUGCAGGCUGUCCACAGACAGUUCCAGGAGGCCAGUGACAACGGAGGCAGCAGAUCCCCAGCAGGUGGAGGUGAAGCAGGAACGCAACAACUGUGUUGAUGAGUGACUAAUAGACUAAAGGCCCAAAGGUAUCUGCCAAGUCCAGUCAACAGCUUCCAGAGACACCCAGAUCCUUGCUAACUCAUCACUCCCUCCCUCCUUGUCCUUACUUUAACCCCACUCAUCAAAUAACAAGGCAAAAGACAGGCCCAGGUACAACAGCAGGUUCUUUUCCGGUUCCUCAAAGCGGCCGCACAGGGUGGGGGCAGAGACAGAAGAACAUGUAAACAUUGGGUUCCACCCCCUGGGGCUCAGGGGAAGACCCUUACCCAGGAAGGGGCUGGAGGGUUGGAAGGGACAAAGUGAAAGGCAGGGGCCCUGGUCAGACAAAGCAGGGGAGG